AUGGAUUUAGAACCCUUUGAGUUUGAUAUUGAGAUCAAGGAUAAGAAGGGCAGUGAAAAUGUGGUAGCCGACCACCUAUCAAGAUUGGAAUGGGAUGAACCUGAGAUGUCAGUUGAUAUCAAUGAAAUCUUUCCAGAUGAGCAAAAUUUAGGAGUAGAAAAAGUCCCAUGGUACGCUGAUAUUGUUAACUACCUUGCUAAGUCCAUUUCUCCACCCGAGUAUUCUAGCCAUCAAAGAAAGAAGUUCUUCACAGAGCUGAAGUACUACUUUUGGGAGGAUCCCAUUCUCUACAGAAGAGGCGCAGAUCAAAUAGUCAGAAGAUGUAUUCCUAAAGAUGAAGUACCGAAAAUUCUAGAGCAUUGUCACUCUUCUGCAUAUGCUGGGCAUUUUGGAGCUUCAAAGACUGCUGCAAAGAUCAUACAGUCAGACUUCAUGGGACCUUUUCCCCCAUCGUACUCAAAUCAAUACAUCUUGGUGGCCGUUAACUAUGUCUCUAAGUGGGUGGAAGCUGUUGCAUUGCCUACCAACGACGCAAAAGUGGUAAUAGAGUUCUUGAAGAAGUACAUAUUUACAAGAUAUGGUACAUCGAUGGCGAUAAUAAGUGAUGGAGACACCAAUAGGAAUGUCUUCAUACCGCCUGGUUUUUGGGAAAGCGUGUCAUCUACCGUUGGAGUUGGAGCACCGAGCAUAUUGGGCUAUGAACAGUUGAAUAUGGAUCUCAAAGCUGCUGGCCAACUGGAUAGAAAAGAGAAUGGAAAUAACUUUUCAAAACCAACAUUUCAGACAGGCUUUCUGAAACCGGAUGUUACAUUUGGGUCUGGUUUCCAGAAUUGCUCAAACAAUGACGUUGAUAUGUCAAAUUCCAUGUUCCAGACAGGUUCAGAUUGUGCAGGCCAACUGGAUAGAAAAGAGAAUGGAAAUAACUUUUCAAAACCAACAUUUCAGACAGGCUUUCUGAAACCGGAUGUUACAUUUGGGUCUGGUUUCCAGAAUUGCUCAAACAAUGACGUUGAUAUGUCAAAUUCCAUGUUCCAGACAGGUUCAGGUAAAGCGGUAAGCAUAUCUUCUGCAGGCCUACACAGAGCAAAAGCAAUGUUAGGUCUGGAAAAAAAUUCCAAUCACGAGAGUUUUGAUGGCUUUGAACAGACAAGGAAGCACUUAACCGCAAGUCAGCUUCUUUGUUGUCAAAAUUCAUCUCCCUUAGAGAUGGAGGACCCAGCUAACUUAGGUUUUAGUAGUGUUUCCAGAAUAACCAUAUCUCCCUACAUUGCAAAGUCUAAUCCACUCAGAAGCGAAUUUAAAGAAUUCACUCCAGAUUUUGUGGAUGCUGCUAAUAAACCUCCUCCAGUCAAGUUCCAUACUGCAGGGGGAAGAUCCAUUUCAGUUUCUACAGAUGCGCUGCAACGAGCAAGGAACCUGCUAGGAGAUCCCGAGUUGGAUUCUUUCUUAUGUGAAGCAGAUGUAGCUGAUCCAGCAAUUUCAAUAUUCGGAGACGGAAAAACUACUCAUAUUUCAAAUGAAGAAAAUUAUCAGAUGACUCCAUUCUCAUGUAAUCGGCCAUCAAAUGGCAAUAGUUUGUCAAAGAACUUUACAUCCCCGCUAAGAUCAAUUUCAUACCAAAAGCAGUUAUCGGGCAGGCUGGAGACAAUAGGUCCAGGGAAUAACUUGAUUAAAAAGUUUGAUGCAGAGGCUAGGAAUAACACUCUUAUCAGGCCUUAUAAUGGUACCCAUGUAAAGCCACUAAAAAAUAAAUUUCCUGCAGAAAGAGUGGAUUGUUUGGAAAAUGGAAUUCAUUCAAGGAUAGAUCCCACAAAAAGGUUAUCAAAUGGGCCACUGGCGGAUAUCUCAAACAGUAAUGGCAGGGAUGAUAUUGAUAACAAGCAAUGUUUCGGUGAAAAGAGAAGACUUGGAAGGAUUAAUUCUGUAUCUCCAUUCAAGAGACCCCGAACUUCCAAAUUUGUCACGCCUCUUCAUAAAAAUGAUUCAUCUGUUCCUAAUGGUUUGUCCAGAGUAGCACCGAACGAAUCCUGCAGCAAAGGAAGAGUUUCUAUGCGAUAUCCGUUUCAGGUUCCUCGUGUGUACAUGAAGGAAUAUAUUUCACAGUCUUCAUGUAUCCAAAAGAAGUUGGAGGAUUUGCCAUUCAGUGUCAGAAAAAUGAACCCUACUGCAGCUGGAAAUUACACAUUUCAUUCUGAACCAGUUUCAGAUUGCAUUGGACCAGAAGCAUUCAUCCAGAUGUUGUCUCAGUCUGGAGCUUCCCAGCAAUAUUUAACUAAAGAGUGGGUUUCAAAUCAUUAUAAGUGGAUUGUCUGGAAACUUGCAUCUUAUGAGAGAUGCUAUCCUGCCAAGUUCUCUGGAACACUAUUGACAGUCUCCAACGUGCUUGAAGAAUUAAAAUACAGGUAUGAGAGAGAAGUAAAUCAUGGCCAUCGAUCUGCAAUCAAGAAAAUUUUAGAUGGAGAUGUGCCGCCUUCUUCAAUGAUGGUACUGUGCAUUUCGUCUGUUGGUGAAAAUGGGGACCCUAAGUUUGGACCUCAAUCUGUUUUAUCAGAGGGGGAUGACAAUGCUACAGUUGCAAAAAUCGAAUUAACCGACGGGUGGUAUUCGGUGAAAGCACUACUUGAUGAACUGCUAUCUAAGAAGCUUGCUGCUGGGAAGCUGUUUCUGGGACAAAAGCUCAGGAUCUGGGGAGCUAAAUUAUGUGGCUGGGUUGGGCCAAUUUCACCUCUUGAGGUAUCACAAACAACUAGUAUAUUAUUGCAUAUAAAUGGAACAUAUAGAUGUCAUUGGGCUGAACGUUUAGGAUUCUGUAAAAGUGCCAGUGUUCCGUUAGCAUUUAAAUGCAUAAAGGGUACUGGAGGGGCUGUUCCCAGUACUUUAGUUGGAGUUGAAAGGAUAUAUCCAAUUCUUUACAGGGAAAGGCUUAGUAAUGGGGACUUUGUUGUGAGGUCCGUGAGGAUGGAAGCUAAAGUGCAGCAAUCAUAUAAUCAGAGGUGAUGCGCUACUUGCAAAUGCAAACUGACCAUAGAUUGCUAACAUUUCCCAGAUGCAUAUUCAGUUUUGAUUGUAC